CCGGAAACAAGCGACCCCGCCCGGCCGCCCUCGCGUCUCUGCGGACGGACAUGAGAUUUACAGACUGCGUUGUUGUGUGAGUGACGGCUUGUUACCAUGACGACCCACGUGACCCUGGAGGAUGCUCUGUCCAAUGUGGACCUGCUGGAGGAGCUGCCCCUCCCGGACCAGCAGCCAUGCAUCGAACCCCCUCCCUCCUCCAUCAUGUACCAGGCUAACUUCGACACCAACUUCGAAGACAGGAACGCGUUCGUCACUGGCAUCGCUCGUUAUAUAGAGCAAGCCACGGUCCACUCCAGCAUGAAUGAGAUGCUGGAGGAAGGACAUGAGUACGCUGUGAUGCUUUACACCUGGAGAAGCUGCUCCAGAGCUAUUCCCCAGGUGAAAUGCAACGAGCAGCCCAACAGAGUGGAAAUCUAUGAGAAAACCGUGGAAGUGUUGGAACCUGAGGUGACCAAGCUCAUGAAGUUCAUGUACUUCCAGCGGAAAGCCAUCGAGCGUUUCUGUGGUGAAGUGAAGCGUCUGUGCCACGCUGAGAGAAGGAAGGACUUUGUGUCCGAGGCUUACCUGCUCACUCUGGGCAAGUUCAUCAACAUGUUUGCGGUGCUGGAUGAACUGAAGAACAUGAAGUGUAGCGUCAAGAAUGAUCACUCUGCCUACAAAAGGGCGGCUCAGUUCCUGAGGAAGAUGGCUGACCCUCAGUCCAUCCAGGAGUCCCAGAAUCUCUCCAUGUUUUUAGCGAACCACAAUAGGAUCACUCAGUGCCUGCACCAACAGCUGGAGGUGAUUCCUGGCUACGAGGAACUUUUGGCCGACAUUGUCAACAUCUGUGUGGACUACUACGAGAACAGAAUGUAUCUGACUCCAAGCGAGAAGCACAUGCUGCUCAAGGUGAUGGGCUUUGGUCUGUACCUGAUGGAUGGAAACGUGAGUAACAUCUACAAACUAGACGCCAAGAAGAGGAUAAACCUGAGCAAGAUUGACAAGUUCUUCAAACUUCAAGUGGUUCCGCUGUUCGGGGACAUGCAGAUAGAGCUGUCACGUUACAUUGAGACCAGUGCCCACUAUGAAGAAAACAAGUCCAAGUGGACGUGCACCCAGAGCAGCAUCUCGCCGCAGUACAACCUGUGCGAGCAGAUGGUGCAGAUCAGGGAGGACCACAUCCGCUUCAUCUCGGAGCUGGCGCGCUACAGCAACAGCGAAGUGGUGACGGGCUCGGGCCUGGACAGCCAGAAGUCGGACGAGGAGUACAGGGAGCUGUUCGACCUGGCGCUGAGGGGCCUGCAGCUGCUGUCCAAGUGGAGCACGCACGUCAUGGAAGUUUACUCGUGGAAACUGGUCCAUCCCACGGAUAAAUUCUGCAACAAGGACUGUCCGGGCACGGCGGAGGAGUACGAACGGGCAACGCGUUACAAUUACACCAGUGAGGAGAAGUUCGCCCUGGUGGAAGUCAUCGCCAUGAUCAAAGGGCUGCAGGUUCUGAUGGGCAGAAUGGAGUCGGUGUUUAACCAGGCCAUCAGGAAUACCAUCUACGCAGCGCUGCAAGACUUUGCUCAGAUGACCCUGAGAGAGCCUCUACGCCAGGCCGUUCGCAAGAAGAAGAACGUCCUCAUAAGUGUUCUCCAGGCCAUUCGAAAGACCGUCUGUGACUGGGAUGGGGCGAGGGAGCCUCCGAACGACCCCUGUCUGAGGGGAGAGAAGGAUCCCAAAGGGGGAUUUGACAUCAAAGUGCCCCGCAGAGCUGUGGGACCCUCCAGCACACAGCUGUACAUGGUGCGCACCAUGCUGGAGUCACUGAUCGCAGAUAAGAGUGGCUCGAAGAAGACUCUCCGCAGCAGUCUGGAUGGACCCAUAGUGGUGGCCAUAGAGGACUUCCACAAACAUUCCUUCUUCUUCACACACCUGCUCAACUUCAGCGAGGCCCUGCAGCAGUGCUGUGAUCUGUCCCAGCUGUGGUUCAGAGAGUUCUUCCUGGAGCUGACCAUGGGCCGCAGAAUCCAGUUCCCCAUCGAGAUGUCCAUGCCCUGGAUCCUGACCGACCACAUCCUGGAGACCAAGGAGCCUUCCAUGAUGGAGUAUGUGCUGUAUCCUCUAGACUUGUAUAAUGACAGCGGAUACUACGCUCUCACCAAGUUCAAGAAGCAGUUCCUUUACGAUGAAAUUGAAGCUGAGGUGAACCUCUGCUUUGACCAGUUUGUCUACAAGUUGGCGGAUCAGAUAUUUGCCUACUACAAAGCAAUGGCUGGGAGUGUCCUUCUUGACAAGCGCUUCAGAGCAGAGUGUAAAAACUAUGGAGUGAUCAUCCCUUACCCUCCAUCAAACCGCUACGAGACGCUGCUCAAACAGAGACACGUCCAGCUGCUCGGUCGCUCCAUCGACCUGAACCGCCUGAUCACCCAGAGGAUCUCUGCAGCGAUGUACAAGUCUCUGGACCAUGCAAUCAGCCGCUUUGAGAGUGAGGACCUCACCUCCAUAGUGGAGCUGGAGUGGCUGCUGGAGAUCAACAGACUAACCCACCGGCUCCUGUGCAAGCACAUGACCCUGGACAGUUUUGACGCCAUGUUCCGCGAGGCUAACCACAAUGUCUCGGCUCCCUACGGACGAAUCACGCUGCACGUCUUCUGGGAGCUGAACUUCGAUUUCCUCCCCAACUACUGCUACAAUGGAUCCACGAACCGCUUUGUACGUACAGCCAUCCCCUUCACCCAGGAGCCACAGAGAGACAAGCCAGCGAAUGUGCAGCCUUACUACCUGUAUGGGUCCAAGCCUCUCAACAUUGCCUACUCCCACAUAUACAGCUCCUACAGAAACUUUGUCGGCCCGCCUCACUUCAAGACCAUCUGCCGUCUCCUUGGUUACCAGGGCAUCGCUGUAGUGAUGGAGGAGCUCCUUAAGAUUGUCAAGAGCCUGUUACAGGGCACUAUCCUGCAGUACGUCAAAACACUGAUAGAGGUCAUGCCCAAGAUCUGCCGCCUUCCACGCCAUGAGUACGGCUCCCCAGGAAUCCUGGAGUUCUUUCACCAUCAGCUGAAGGACAUCAUUGAGUAUGCCGAGCUGAAGACAGACGUCUUCCAGAGCUUGAGGGAAGUCGGGAACGCCAUCCUCUUCUGUCUGCUCAUCGAACAAGCUCUGGUGUCCCAGGAGGAAGUGUGUGAUCUGCUCCAUGCUGCCCCCUUCCAGAAUAUUCUGCCUCGAGUUUACAUCAAAGAGGGAGAACGUCUGGAAGUGAGGAUGAAGCGGCUGGAAGCCAAGUACGCCCCUCUCCACCUUGUGCCUCUAAUUGAGAGGUUGGGAACCCCACAACAAAUUGCCAUUGCCCGUGAGGGAGACCUGCUGACCAAAGAACGCCUGUGCUGUGGCCUUUCCAUGUUCGAGGUCAUCCUGACGCGCAUCCGCAGCUUCCUGCAGGAUGCCGUGUGGCGUGGGCCUCCACCCACCAACGGCGUGAUGCACGUGGACGAGUGUAUGGAGUUCCACCGCCUGUGGAGCGCCAUGCAGUUCGUCUACUGCAUCCCUGUGGGCACGCACGAGUUCACAGCAGAGCAGUGCUUUGGUGAUGGGCUGAACUGGGCCGGCUGUGCCAUCAUUGUGCUGUUGGGACAGCAGCGUCGCUUUGACCUCUUUGAUUUCUGCUACCACCUCCUCAAAGUCCAAAGACAGGACGGCAAGGACGAGAUCAUCAAAAACGUGCCCCUGAAGAAGAUGGCGGACCGCAUCAGGAAGUACCAGAUCCUCAACAAUGAGAUUUUCGCCAUCCUCAACAAGUACAUGAAGGCGGUGGAGACAGACAGUUCCACUGUGGAGCAUGUCCGCUGCUUCCAGCCUCCUAUACACCAAUCCCUGGCUACCACCUGUUGAAAAAGACCCUUCCUCACAUAGUGCACACACAAACACACACACACACUUCCCAUAGCUGUGAUACUUGUUUCUGCCUCUUGCUGGUUUUGCCGAGGUAUAGGUUACUGGGAUGUCUCCCCAUGGGCUGAGACAAUCCAAAGACAAAUCCUCUCAAAAUGUUCCUGUGUCUACACGAUGUCUGUCUUUGGAUUCUUUAGACCCUCAGGAGUGGUCCCAGACCAGAGGUGGACGUGUAUAUUCACACCUUGUUUGGUUUUAUUUUACGAUCUGUGUGGCUCUCACUCAGACUCAUGCAUGCCUUCUCUUAGUCCCUCUGCUGCACACCUGUGGAUUGGACCACUGUCACAAAUGACAACCAGAGUUUGUCUUUCCUUACAAUCUGAAGUCCUCCUUGGCUCUACACGUUCGAAAUAACAUUCUGGGUCAAAAACCCCUUUCCGAUUUCGCUCGCAAGAGCUGAGACAAAAUGAAAUCUAACAUUGUUUAAUAAGUAAGUAAUACUAAAUAAUACAACAGAUAACUAAUUUUCUAAGUUAUAUAAAGUUAUUUUAAGUGCAACAUGGUGCUCUUACUGUACUAACAUUGCUUGCACAGGAUCUAGUACACCUGUGCUAUCAUUAUAUGUGCCCCUCUAUAUGACCCCCACUCAUUUGUAUAAUAACUUGAUCUGCCAGGUUCAUGAUACAUAGUGUCUAUCAUGAUGCGUUUGAGUACUUCUUCUACACCUGCUUGGUUUCAUAGGAAUGAUGGUCCACGGCAUUUUUUAUUUGCUUUUUACUCAUCUCACCGUUAAGACUGUUUUUGUAUUUUUUCGCUUCUCUCCGUCACAUUUUAAGUUAGUACCCGUUCCACUGUAAAUGUCAGUGUUGAGCAAAGUGAAGUGUUGAAGUGUCGUGAUUGUCCUUGUUUUUAAUUAUAAAUAUUUUUUACUUUACAAAUCCUCGGUAUACUUGCCUCUCUACUACUGACUGGAAACCUCAUCCUGUGUUUAUUUUAUUUUGUUUUUCUCUCUUUUUGUCUGUUGGAAAGAUUUUUAUAUUCUGUACAUGAAUACAGGGAUAUUAUUUACAAUUUGGGAGAAGGUCAUCUGGGUUAAAUGUGUUUGCUUUUUCAUAGAGUUGAAGAAAAAAAAAACUAAAGAAACAAGACUAGAAAAUACCUCUAGUUUGUAUAAAGACAGUGCUGUUCUAGAUUAACCUGUUUUGAGUGUGAAUGGAUGACGUUGGUUUAUGAAACGUAAACUUCACAUAAAGGAACAAAAAAAAAAUCAUAACUAAAAUGUCAGUUAUAAUUAAAGGGCAGUUUCCUACAUAUAGUCAGUAUUUACUAUUGAUGGAUUUUUGCUUUAGAUUUAGCAAUGUUAUUAAAAUAUGCAAAAAUCCCUAUUUUCUUUUUCAUAUGAAGGAAACCCCGAAUUAUGAAUAAUUACCUUCCCCCAGAACAACCCUGUGAUCUUUUCCUGCUCCGUUUUGAAUGAAGGAUGUUUCUUUUGUAUCUCCGGUGUCUUUUUAUCAUAUUUAUUCAAUUACAAGUUAUUUUUCAUUUAAGGUUAAUCUAGUAAUAACAAAGGUACCAAUGUAUCAUCAGAAACCUUAGCAUGGCAAGUGUAAUUUAUUGUCAUCAAUGGCUCCAUUUGUGACAUGAGGCUUUGUUUAUGAUAUUGUUGUACAAGUGACCAUGUUUUCAAGUACAAAAAAAAUUACAGAGAAAUAAGUAUAACAUGUACAACAAUGGUCCUGCAAAGGAAUUGAA